AUGGCAUUGAGAGCUUUGUUGAUUGCACUUGCUGUUAUUAGCAUGGUUGUUGCUCCAGCUAUGGCAACUGAGCAUUUGGUUGGGGAUGAUCAAGGCUGGAAGGUCAACUUUGACUACAAUAAAUGGGCUGAGAGCAAAGAGUUCCAUGUUGGAGAUAAACUGAUUUUCAAGUACAAGGAAGGAGUUCACAAUGUGUACAAAGCAGAUUUGACUGCAUUCCAAAAUUGUGCACCAGGUGCUAAUGUUGAACCCUUAACUACAGGAAACGAUGUGAUUGAACUGAAAUCUACUGGGAAAAAAUGGUACUUGUGUGGAAUAAAAAACCACUGUGAUCAAGGCAUGAAGGUUGCCGUUAACGUUCUGCCAGAAGUACUGGGGGCUCCUUCUACUGCACCUGCAAGUCCCCCUGUCUCAUCAUCUGCUUUUGGAAUUAGUCCUAAUUCUUUAUUUGUUGCUUUGAUGAUUGCUGCAUUUGCCAUGUUCUUGAUCAUCAUUGCUUAA